UUGUAAAUUAAUAGUAAUUAAUUUUAUUUAAAUUAUGUGAAAUUCGAUUUCAAUUUUGUUUUGAAUAUUUACAAUCCAGUUUGUAUACGUUAGCUAAGAUUAGCAAAAGGUAGUACUAAAGCCAUACUAUAUUACCAAACGAGCAGUAAAUAGCAUAUUGUACGUGCUUCCUAUUUUGUUACUCCGAUAUAUUAUUAGAUUUGGUGUAUUGAAUUGUAAAUAUGGACAUUGAUCAGUUGGGUAAUGAUGCUAAGUUGGCAGCAACAAAAUACUUUACAAAUAUGCUAAAAAAACCAGGACAAUUGGAAAAAGUUGAACAACUAAAGAACCGAAUAUCACGUAAAAAAACUUCUACCGAAGCAAUGUUAAAAACAGCCAUGCAAAGUCAAUUAGAUGGGGUUACAAUUGGGAUGGAACAACUGAAAGAUGCUCUGGAUGACAUAAGCAAAGUAAAGAUAUAUCUCAGUCAAACAAAACGUUCAUUUAUAAAUUUACCAUCUCUUGGAUACAAGUUGCAAGAUGUACGCACCAAGCAAAUGCAACAUUCUCAGUACUUGACAGCUAAUGAAAAUAUGAAGCACCUAUUCACUGUACCCGAGAGCAUUGAAAAAACUAAACAGUGGAUCAAUGAUGGAAAGUUUUUACACGCUCAUCAAUGUUUAAUAGACCUUGAAAACUCUAGAGAUGAUCUUUUAUUUGAAGUGCAUAAACUGCCUAAUCAAGCACCAAGUGAUAAAAUACUACUUAAAGCAUAUUUUGAAGAUGUUGAAGUUAUGUCCGAUAUGUUAAAAAAACAAAUAAAAUUAGUAUUGAGCAGAACACUAAAUACUGUUAGGAAAGAACCUAUGGUAAUUGUUACUGUUCUGAGAAUUAUAGAACGAGAAGAGCGUGCUGAUAUAUUUGCAUUACAGCGUCAUAAACAAUCUGGAUUUAUGCCUCCUAGUCGUCCAAAAAAAUGGAAAGAAAUGGCGUUUGAUGUGCUUCAAAAGUCAGUUGAUCAACGAAUAGAAGGUACUCAAGUGAAUGAACGAUCUGAUAAUAAAAUGUGGCUUGUAACAUAUUUAGAACUUUGUCGGCAAUUAAUUCUUGAGGAUUUACGAGUGGUUAAAACUCUCUGUGUGCCAUGUUUUCCACCACAAUAUGAUAUUUUUGAUAAAUUUGUUUUUAUGUAUCAUUCUAGUCUCUCAGCUAAUUUAAAUGAUAUAAUAUCAGAUGGAUUAGAAGGCAAUGAAUAUGUUACAAUUAUUUCAUGGGUAACUAACACUUAUCCUGGUAAAGAGUUAAUGUUACAUCCUGAAUUGAAUAUAGACAUUGGUAAAGUUGGUCCGUUACUAAAAUCAUCAAUUAUUUUUGAUUUACAAUCAAAAUAUUUAGAAUACAUUAAAGCUAAUUAUAAAGAAUGGAUGUUAAAAACAUUGGAUACUGAAAAAAAUGAUUGGUAUGCAGGUGCUUCACCUGAGGUUGGCCCAGAUGGAUGUUUUCAUACAGCUGCUCCAGUUAUUAUAUUUCAGAUGAUCGAUCAAAAUUUGCAAGUCACAAAAACUAUAAGCCAGCAUUUAACACACAAAGCUUUAUUAUUGAGUGUAGAUAGUGUCAGUCUAUAUGGUUUAUCUUAUAAAGAGGCUGUUAUAGAGUUCAAGAAAAAGCACUUUGAGGAUAGAAGCAAAGUACCAUUUUUUACACACUGCAUAAUUACUGUGCUCAAUAAUUGCUUACAGUUUAUUGAAUUAGCAUUAGAAAUGAAGCAGCACUAUUGGAGUAGUGAUUUUAAAGAUCAGUCAAGUAGUGCCUAUGAAAAAUUAAUUAAGACCUUCCAAAACCUCAGGGAUGAGGCAGCGCAAUUUCUUUUAGAAGAAGCCUUCCUUGAUCUUGACUCCCAUUUUCAAGACUUGAUAACUACUAAAUGGCUUACCAGCUUUAUAUCUAUUGAAACAAUUUGUGUGACAUUAGAAGAUUAUUUUCAAGAUUAUACUCAUCUAAAACCCAAAAAUUUAGAGUAUAUAAUAUUAGAAGCUGAAGAUAUAAUAGUGCGACGAUACAUAAUGGCUAUUCUGCAAAAAAAAUUAAAUUUCAAAACAUACGAAGAGCGUAGAUCAGCAGCAGAUAAAAUGACAAAUGAAGUAGAUCAAUUGAAAUCGUUUUUUAUGCGUGUGGCACCUUUAGUGACACGUGAUAAAGAUUCUCCUUUUGAUGCUGUUGUAAAAUUAUCUGAAGUAUUAAAGAGCGAAGAUUCUGAAAUAUUAUCAUUGGACUUGCACACACUUGUAAAGAUGUAUCCAGAUAUUACCGAAGACCAAAUGACAAGAUUAUUAGGUUUAAGAGGUGAUUUAAGUAGAUCAGAAAUACGUGAAAAAGUGCAGUAUGCAAUCCAAGGCAAUAAGGAGCUUGCAGGCACCACAUUAACCAAAAGUAUAUUCCAGCAAAUCCAUUUAUAGUGUAAAAAUAAUCAUCAAAUUUUUACAGUUUAAGUAAUUAUAGUUCAAGAAUUAUAUAAAUAAUACUAUUUAAAUAGAUUAUGUAUAUGUAUAUCAUUUGCAAUCAAUAUACCGUUCCUAAUGUGGUGAGCAAUACAAUAAU